UGUUUUUCUUGUGCUAGCGGGCGGGGGCUCGGUGACUGGGCUGUAGGACCUGGUGGGGCCCCAGAGCCGCUGAGCAGUCCACUGAGCCACUGAGCUUGAAAAAUUAAAAGGAGAGCAAGUCGCAAAGCAUCGAAGGACGCUAGCCCACUGAUAUUUUGUUUUUCUUCUCAAAAUUAAGUUUUCACAGUUGUAAAGAAAAUUGAUAUUGUAGGCUCCCCUUUGCCACAGAAACUUUUCAAUGACAGCUUUUUGUUUCCUAAUUUUAGUCUUUCUCUAAUUAGCAGUCUAUUAUAAGGCUCUAAGUAUUCUAUUAACCCUGUUUUUUCUCCAGUGUUCUGGAGAAGACAGACUGGAUGAGCAGAAAGGAAGCAUUGAAAAGGAUAUGUUCUAGAAGCCUGAACUCUAAACUUACAUCCUGUUGUUUUAUGUUUCAAAAUCAUCACAUGUAGUAUAAAGUUUUGGAGUUUCUCGUUAAAAUCAACAAGGGAAAGGGAAUUUCCUUUGAAUUUCCUGCACUAUAGCUCUAAAGGGGAGUAUUACUACUCUACUGUGCAGCUAUUGAUCUAGAAAACACAAGAAAACACCUGACCAGAGCAAUGCAAUUCUCAAAGCCUUGUGUAUCAAGCAGUUUUCUCAACAGCUACAUAAAAAGUGAGGUAAGUGAUAAGGCUGUCACUGUGAAAACAAUGAGGAUGAAGGCCUUCAUGAUGAUCUGGAGUUCGGAACAGAAGCCACAAUGGAAUUAGACAUGCAAGGAUUUUACUAGGCAUAUGCCUGAGAGGAAAUGGGAAAGGAUUUACCAAAGACUAAGACGGUCUUCAGAUCUUGGUGGAAGACAAAAGGAAGAGAAUGAAGAAUAAAGGGAGGGAAGGUUGGAUGGAAGCAGUCCUCUACAUCUCCACACAGUCUAAGAGCGCCAUUCAAAGCUCACAGCUACAAGGCAGUGAGCACCCAAGAUGCUAGAGUGACAAAGGUGAAUAAAUAUCAACCGUGUUUUGAAAGAAACCUUUAAAGUGGCCAGGAACCCCAGUACCUGAGGAGUGACAGUGUGGAGAAUUCCUGAAUUGUCUUUUAGUGUCACAUAUCCCAGAGUUGGAGCGGAAAAUGUAGGCAACCUGGAAAUACCAAUAAACAUAGACCAAAAGCUCCUGCCUCCUGUUUUCCCCCAAGAAAGGCGGUACCUCUCUACUAAAAACCAGGAAAGGAUUCUCAUUAGGAAACAGAAAAUUCCUGAGACAAAGAAGAUAGACACAGUACAACUGAGAUGAGUUAACAGCAAGAGUACCAGGGCACAGCUCACUGUGGACACUGUCAUGGUCAGAGCCAAAAGCAAUUUGAAGAUAUUAUGGAGGAACUUUGUAGAGGAGAGCCCAAACUGGUGCUUGAGUAAUUGCAGAUCUCAAAGCUUAACAAUGGAACCUCUCUGCUGGCAAGAGAACCAUACUACACAGGAUGUCAUGGAGAUGUCUCUUCUGAAUGAUUCUAAAGCCUAAGGAGCACCUGCUAUGGGUAAGCAGAGGAGGAUGCUCAGAAAACGACUGAGGAGGAUCAGUGGUGAAGAGAACAGCCAAUUAUGUAUAACUAAAUGACCGCUGCGAGACAUGAAGUCACAGAAAGUCCUGUAUUUAUUCCUCAUUUCUAUACUCUUUCAGAGUACAUCUGAAGACCCACAAUUUUUUAAUUUAUUUAAUCAUUUUGAUACCAACAUUGAAAAAACAGUCAUAGGAAGACUUAAUGAAGAUGUAAUUCUCCCUUGCUCAUUUGACAAUGAGCCUGAAGAAAUCGUUAUUCACUGGAAGAUUCAAGAUACUGGCUAUGUUCAUACAUACUAUCAAGACCGUGACCAUUUGGAGAACCAAGAUUCCAGAUACAAACGUAGGACAUCCCUCUUCCAUAGUGAAAUUCACAACAGAAAUGCUUCCCUAUGUCUCAGAAGAUUAAGCCUUCAGGAUGAAGGAAAUUACACCUGCUAUGUGGGGACAAGAUCUGGAAGCUUCAGAGAAAAAGUGGUGCUGAAGGUAGGAGCUUUUGUCACACCUGUGAUGAAGUAUGAAAAAAGGAACACAAGCAGCAUCUUAAUAUGUAGCAUAUUAAGUGUUUAUCCUCGUCCAAGUAUCACAUGGCACAUGAACAAUACACACAUUCCUGACAGCAAGGUUGAAGAAAUUGGGUCUUUGGGUUCUUUUUAUAUUAACAGCACAGUAAAUAUUACAGGACCAGAUUCAUAUUAUGAAUGUGCUAUUAAAAAUUCAUUGUUCGAGCAAACAUGGAAAGGGCGUUGGACGAUGAAAGAUGAUCUUCAUACAAAGCAAAGUGAACAAGUUUUAUUCUCAUGUGACGUUCCAAACAAUUUUUUCCUACCAAAUCAAGACUUCAUAGUCACCUGGUCCAGAAUGGAAAAUGGGAUUCCCAACAUCCUGGCUUACUUUGUGAACUCCUCACAAAAUAUAACUAUCAGUGAACCCAGACUAUCAUGGAAGAAAGAGCUAAUAAUCCAGGGAGAUUUCUCUUCCAUAUUGAAAGAUCUUAGCAUUCCAGACAAUGGAGAAUACUUAUGCAAUAUUUCCUCAAGCACAUAUACUUUACUCACCAUCCAAACGCUGCAUGUAGCAGAAGCAGCUGUCUGGAAUAAUGUAGUGGUCUUGGUGGUCAUCUUGGUGGUCUUGGUGGUCUUGGUGGUCAUGGUGGGCAUAGUGGUCAAGGUUCAUAAAUUAAGAAGACACCCCAGUCCUAGUGCAGUUUCUAAUUCUGGAGGAGGAGAUCAAAGAAGACAACAAGAAAUGUCCAGUACUGAUAAUGCAGAAGAAAUAAACGAAGGGUCCUGCAUUGCUGGUGGGAGUGAAGACAGGUCCAACCACAGUGGAAAGCUGUCUGAAGCUUUCUCAGUCUACUAAAAAUGGAGCUACCAUAUGGUCCGGCAAUUCCACUACUAUGGAUCUACCCAAAGGACACAAAAACAGUGAUUCAAAACACCUGUACACCUAUGUUUAUUGCAGCACUAUUUACAAUAGGUAAAACCUGGAAACAACCCAAAUGCCCAAAAACAGAUGACUGGAUCAAGAAGAUGUCAUAUAUAUACACACAAUGGAAUAUUAUUUAGCAAUAAAAAAGAUAAGCUCAUGCCAUUCACAGCAACAUGGAUGGAGCUAGAAGGAAUUAUGCUCAGUGAAAUUAGCCAGAAGGAAAAAGAAAAAUAUUGGAUGGUUUCAUUUAUAACAGGAAUAUAGGGGAACCAAAUAAGAUAUCAGUGUAAACAAAAAUAAUAGUAACAGUACAAAACACAACAAAGCAAAAACAGACAAUUAUAAACCAGAGACAUACUGCAGGGGAGGAGGAGGGAGAGGGAUCAGAGGGAGGAGCACAGGGGACUGUGGUGAUGGUACAUGGGUGCCUUGGGGAAGGAAAUUCUAUGGGGACUCAAUCUGAGGGAGUGGGGGGAAGCAAAUAGUCUAAAAAAUGUAAAAAAUGAUAAAUAUUAAAAAAAUAAAAAAUUGUACUUUUCUAUGAGUGGUUCUAUCAGUUCAACUGACUAGAUUUAGUAUAUGCACACAAAGACUUCUAUGAACUCUAGAGGUCUGGGUUGGAUUAUACCUUUCAACAACAGGUGUGUAUAGCUGAGUGACUAGCUGUGAAAUUGAUUCUCUGCCUCGUCUAUCAUGUUAAUCAACCUUCUAAUAGGAGAGAUUUAUUAACCUUCAUUUUAAUCAAUUUUUAAGAGUCACUGUUAAUUCUUAUGAAUUGUCACUAACUAGAUUUUUUUUUUUUUA